CUACGAUUGAGAUAUAUAUAUAAUACGUUAAAAGCAUCAGUUUCAUUUAGACUUAGUUUUAGAAAAGUCAAUUGUAUUGUAAGAUGAAGUUUUUCCUCUUUUUGGGAUUAGUCACAAUUUCUUUAUCAAUUUGUGAAUGUUUGCAAUGUUAUAAUUGCUAUUUUGGCUCUACAUUGAAAAUGAAUGAUAUUGAUCAACAAAUAAUAAAACAUAAUACAAUUACUCCAACAGAAAGAUGUGGUAUUAUUAACAAUACAAUUUGUAAAACUUCAGAUUAUUGCGUCAAUAUGGUCGUGGAUAUAAACAGUGAGAAAACUUUUUAUCAAUUCUGUUCAUACACACAUAUCAAAAUUAAUAAGAACUACUUUAAUUUUUCAACAAGUAGAAUUUUAAGUAUAACUAAAAGUUUUUGUUUUAAUGAUUUCUGUGGCACUUUAAAUGGCACUUACAAUGGCACUUUCAAUGGCAAUUCGAAUGGCGCUUUUAAUGGCGCAAAUUUUGUUACUAACAAUUACCUUAGUAUUAUUAUUAUUCUUGUUCUCAUAAAACUUGGUUGUCUCUAAAUAAUUGACUUCACAUUCACAUAAUAAAGUAUUAAAUAAUAUUUAAUAAUUUUAUACCUUAGUAUCUAAUAAUUCUGCUUCCAUUAAUAAGAGAGGAGAUGGAGCUGUCGUGCCAUCUCCAUGUAAAGCUUCAAAUAUUACAUUUAGUGAAUUAUUUAAACACACUUUGAAAGAUUCUUCUAAUAAUGUAUCCAAUUUCGCCAAAUAAAUAAUCCAUUCUGUAAUAGUCUA